AUGGGUACACCUCAACGUGAUAUAACAAUUGAUUAUUCUAAAGUACCAAAAGAUUUAUUUAUUGAAAAACAUUGUUCAUUUUUAACUGGUUAUGGUCGUUCACAUAAUACAUAUGAAUAUGGUAUAACUGAUUAUCUUCGUAUGAGUGGUGUUUAUUGGUUAUGUACAUGUCUUGAUUUACUUCAUUCAUUAAAAUUAAUUGAUCAAGAAUAUAUUAUUGAUUAUAUACAAAAAUGUUAUGAUAAAAAUUCUGGUGGUUAUUCACCAUGUCAAAAUCAUGAUCCACAUUUAUUAUAUACAUUAUCAGCUGUACAAUUACUUGUACAAUUAAAUCGAAUAGAUCUAAUUGAUAAACAAAGUUUAUGUUCAUAUAUAAAAAAUUUACAACAAAAUGAUGGAAGUUUUAUGGGUGAUCAAUGGGGAGAAAUUGAUACACGUUUUUCAUUUUGUGCAAUUGCUUGUUUAAAAUUAAUUGAUUCAUUAGAUGUUAUUGAUAUUGAUCUUGCAACAAAUUAUAUUAUGAAUUGUUUAAAUUUUGAUGGUGGUUUUGGUUGUAUACCUGGUGCUGAAUCACAUGCUGGACAAAUAUAUUGUUGUUUAGGAUUUUUAUCACUUGUACAACGUCUUGAUAAUCUUGAUUUAUCAACACAAAAUAUGUUAGCAUGGUGGUUAUGUGAACGACAAUUAGAUAAAUCAGGUGGAUUAAAUGGUCGACCUGAAAAAUUACCUGAUGUAUGUUAUUCUUGGUGGGUAUUAGCAUCAUUAAAAAUUCUUGGAAAAAUUCAAUGGAUUAAUAGUGAAAAAUUAAGUAAAUUUAUUUUAGCUGCACAAGAUGAUGAAACAGGUGGAUGUGCUGAUCGACCAGGAAAUAUACCUGAUCCAUUUCAUACAUUAUUUGGUAUAGCUGGAUUAUCAUUAUUAAAUACAUAUGAUGAAAAUAUAAUUAAAAAAGUAAAUCCUGUUUUAUGUAUGCCAGAAUAUGUUGUUGAAAGGAUGGGAAUAAAAAUGCAAUUAUUAUAA